GUUCAUGGCAAUAGGUUUCAAGGGUCUAGCAACCAACAGUCAGAUGAAGAAUUAAACGCAGACGCACAGCAGACUGGAGCAAAAUAUCAGCAGUUGAACCAAGUGUAUAUUGCACCAUCUCCCAAUGCAGAGAUCAUCAAUCAAGCUGCAGCAGCAGUCGUUGAAGCACAGCAGAGAGAGAGUUCAAUGCGCACCGAGGCAGAAAGGGUUGUUUUGACCACUCAGGCCCAGGCUGCGCAGAGGGAAAGUUCUCUGAGAUCUGAGGCUGAAAGGGUUGUCCUGACGACUCAGGCAGAGGCCGAAAGGGCGCUCCUAACCACUCAGGCACAAGCUGCUCAGAGGGAGAGUUCCCUCCGUUCUGAGGCAGAGAGAGCUGUUUUGACGACUCAGGCACAGGCCACUGAGGCCGUGGCAUCCAUGCGACUUGAAUUUGAAUCGCGGGAGAAGGGUUUGUUGGAUGAAAUUUAUCGCUUGCGUUCACUUGUUGCUGGUAGUAUGGACAUUCGAGACCAAAUGAGCCCCAAUGGCACGGAUUUGAACAACAAAAUUGACCAGUUAAUUCAGCGUAUGACUUCCUUUGAGUCCCAGAUGUUAGAAAGAAUGACCACCUUUGAGAAGGAUCUUGCUACCAUUUGGCAGAGAGUGUUAGCGCUUGAAACCUGGGAAAUUAAUGAACACGUUCCCGAACAUGACACUGAUGAGGAGCUGGUUCCUGGUUUCCAGGCCACCUCUCAACCUGUCUCUCCGGCCAGAGUCCAACGACCACCUGUCCAGCCUAGGGUCGAUCAGGGUUCAGGCAAUGAGCAGGAUGCUUCUGUUACCACUUUGAAAGACGCUUGCCUUAGAUGGAAGGACGUGUCGUCCAUUCGAAUGCUGGCACUGCCGGAAUCGGCUGGCGCCCUCAGGAUUCAAGCACACUUAGAAGAAAUGAUGUCAAAUGGAAUCAGUCUUCGAGGGCGGCCCUUGUUGAACCUCGUCAUUCGAGAGUUUGAUUUGGACUCUGCUCUCGGAAGUGUUGUGUCCUUUGUAGAGCUGUUCCAACUCCAAGCACCAGAAUCAGACCUCCAAUCUUUGGUUGCUUUCAGGGAUAAGGUUCAGUUUAUCAUGGGGCAGCUUCCAAUCAAUGAAAGGAAGGUGUUUGCAUAUUCUUCCCGAAAGGGUUGUGUAGGAGUUUCUAGCACGCAUGUGCCCGAGUCCCGCAACUUUGAAGUUGAGUGGGCACUCGAUUCUGGGGCUGGCGAAGAUCUUGCAUCGCUCCGUGCCUUCUGCAAUCAGGGGGUUCCGGAGGAUUGGGUCAAGGGUUUUGAAACGGUAUCCAAUGUCCCACUGACAUUUGAAACUGGCGGUGGCCCAAAGGCUGCCACCAACACUAUUGGGGUUUCAGGGGACAAGGCCAAGUUGAGAGCCCACGCCCAUAGGCGCUUUAAGAACCAGGCUGAAGCCCAACGGAUUGCGCAGGCCAUCGAGGCUCCAAAAGCCUUCCUGCAGGCGAUUGCCAUUGACCACUUGGAGUCUACCGAAGAGGGAUCCAAUGGUGAGCUCUACGCUUUGAUCUGCGUGGACCUUUAUUCAGGCAUGAUUGAAAGGUUUGAGCAAGUGGCUGAAUUGGUGAAGCUUUCCAAAGGGGGUUCGGUCUCUUUUGCAUGGAGCAGGGAUUCAGAGGGCUGGACUGAGCCACGUGUGAUCUCAGUCAUUGAGAGAUUGCUACAUGAUUUUCACACUCAAGAACUUUGUGUCAUGGGAGCUAUCCACAAGCUCUUGACACGAGAAGAGAUGAAAGCCGACCCCUUGGCCUUAAAAGCCAUCUGGGAAGAAGGUCAAGGUGUACGGGAGAAGCAAGUCUGGGACGACACCUCAGUAAUGGAAAAGGCCGACAGGCUUGCUCAGGCCCAAGAACAAAACAAGGUCAUUCACAUCGCUGAUGUCAUGCCCAUUGCAAGUAUCAAAUUUUGGGAAACUCCAUCAAAACGGAAAUAUAAAGGUAGGCUUGUUUUCCGAGGAGAUCAGGUUCGCGAUUCAUGGGGUGGGGCUGCGCAAUUUGGUGCCAUGUUCAGCACACCCACCAACAUUCAAGCUAUAAAUUUAGCAAUCUACUACGGUCUCCUUGCGGGCAACGUGCUGCGAGCUGCCGAUUGCACACGCGCAUUUCUUCAGGCAAUGCUCCUCAUGGAGGUUAGUACUCCGUAUGUCAACGAGGGCAUGUUGACGCAAGCUGACUAUGAGGUUGAAGGACAAAUCUCACACAAGGCUUCCAGUGUCCUGAUGAAGUUGCUAUGGCUUUGCCAACUGGCCCGGCCGGAUUUGGCAUAUUCCAUCAGUUCAUUAGCUACCCAGGCACAUUUGCUCCGAUUGCAUGGUCAUCAAGAAGGCAGCAGCAUGUCGCACGAAGCACCGCUGAUGCGGAGCUCAACGCGCUUAGCGAGG